AUGGACCCACCAGAGCGAAGGCGUGAUGGGCAAGAUGGCAGCUCGUCGCCAGGGAUCAAGGUGGACAACAUGAUGGACGGGGAGGUGGUGGGCUACCCGCUGCAACGACUUGUUGGCCGCAUCGUGGGUGCCCCCUCCGAGACCGAGGGGUUCAUCCAGGCCCAGGUCGUCGAGCAACCUCGAGACGGCGAAGAUGACGAGGAGAGCGGACGAUGGGUGGUGGCUGGCGGGCGAUUCAAGGCCCUCGUGCUGCUUAGCAGAGGCGACAACACCAUCCGACUACGCUACGUGCCCUCGAAUGGCGAAGCAAGCAGCAUCUCCUUGGAGCUUCGUGCCCACUACGAGCCGCUGCUCAUCGACAAUCGAUUGGCGCGCCAAUGUCAAUCAAUCGUGACCCCGGCCAUGCUGGCAGCAUCAGCGAGUAGCGGUACAGAUGAAGAUGAAGAAGAAAAAGAGGGCAAGGAAAGCUGGCGCCACUUCGUGCGGCUCAUCUACUUGAUCGCCUGCGACGAUGUCGUCGGUGAAGAGGGUUGUAGCGGAAGCCUCGAUGAAGAGGCGGUGCGGACCAACGUGGCGCGGCUGGGCCUGGGCGCACUGAUGCUGCAGGCCUUCUGCGCGCAGAACCUCGACGAGGACGGACGCGCCAUGGACCUCCUGCCCUUCCCGCUGGGCCAGGCCACGUUCGGCCUCGAGUUCGACUCUACCCGACCCGAACGCAACUGGCCCGUCGUGCACGUCGUUCGGUCACGGCUCACGCGGGAGGAGAUCUACCGGCUGGGCAACAACUGGCGCGACGGCGGGCAAUCGGCGUGGGGCCACUUUGCCUCCGAGCUCAGGGGCCUCCCCCACCGAAACAAUUCGAUCGAUUGCGUGAUUCUGGGGAUGACGCGGUACAAUCCGCACGCGGGCAAGUGCGACGCCCACACGGCCCUCGGGGGCGGGCCGAUGGCGCUGUUUGGCUCCGGCGGCCUCUACUCGUGGCCCCGCACCCUCGACGAGGUGCGCCGCUGCUGGAUGGACGCCACCGCCGUCGACAAGACCCGCUGCUUUGACGACAGCGGCGGACGAGGCACCAUGUGGGCCAAUUUUGCUACCACCCUGGGCGCCACCCUCCACGAAAUCGGCCACUGCUUUGGGCUCGACCACACGGCCCACGGGUACACCGCUGAGCUGAUCUCGGAUCUCGUGAGGCCCAUUCUCAAGCGGGACGAGGGCGGGGCGCACUGGCACCCUGAGAGCAUCGCGAAGCUCGCCCGGUCGCCCUACUUCAAGCCGGCUUGCCUCUCGUCGGCGCUGGCCCGCCUCCUGGCCGACGACCCGUCGCGGCCGCCUCGCCGCCCGCAGCGCGCCGCCCACCGGUUCGAGCCGGGCGUGCGGCUGCAGGUCAUCCCCACCUUCCGCCCCGCCCAGCACAUACGUUCUACACAUGUGCGGUGGGAGAAGGAGGACUGCGGGGAGUUCUUCGAGAAGUGCGACCGGCCGGACGCCUCCAACGAAUGGAUCGAGCACAGGGAGGAGGGGGCGUGCGUGGUCCUGUUCGACGCCUCGCGCAACCUCCUGGUCAAGCUGGACCGGGGCAACGCCUACUGGGCCUGCCAGGAGGAGACCCCGGACGCUCCGCCCGACUGGCAGGGGCUGGGCCCGGGCAAGUGGCGCGACGACCACUUCACCGGCCGCCACAAGUGA